GCGGCGGCGGCGGCCGGGCGGAGCGAAGCUGGGUAGUCCUGCCCUGGGCUAGCCGCCGGAGACCGGGGCUUUCUCGAGCUGGAGUCCAGAUCUUACAUAAAAUGGAUAUUUCUCACACUAGAUACUGAAUAUUAAGUAGAAAGUUAUUUAGUAAAAAUCUAAGCUGCUAUGGAAGAAAUACCAGUAAAAGUUGCUGUAAGAAUCCGACCUCUGCUGUGCAAAGAAGUUCUUCAUAAUCAUCAAGCUUGUGUGAGAGUUAUUCCAAACACCCAGCAAAUUGUCAUUGGGAGAGAUAGAGUCUUUACUUUUGAUUUUGUUUUUGGCAAAAAUUCCACUCAAGAUGAAGUUUAUAAUACAUGUAUAAAACCACUAGUGUUGUCACUCAUUGAGGGCUAUAAUGCAACUGUUUUUGCCUAUGGACAAACUGGAUCCGGGAAGACCUACACCAUUGGAGGAGGCCAUGUUGCUUCAGUUGUAGAAGGACAAAAGGGUAUCAUCCCUCGAGCUAUCCAAGAAAUAUUUCAAAACAUCUCUGAAAAUCCUAGCAUUGACUUUAGUAUUAAAGUGUCUUAUAUAGAAGUAUAUAAGGAAGACCUAAGAGAUCUUCUAGAAUUGGAAACAUCUAUAAAGGAUCUUCACAUCCGAGAAGAUGAAAAAGGCAACACAGUGAUUGUUGGGGCCAAAGAAUGCCAGGUGGAGAGCGCAGAUGAGGUGAUGAGUCUCCUGGAGAUGGGGAAUGCAGCCCGGCAUACAGGUACCACCCAAAUGAACGAGCACUCCAGUAGAUCACAUGCAAUUUUUACAAUCAGUAUUUGUCAAGUGGAGAAAAACAUGGAGGCCGGUGAAGACGGAUCGUGGUACUCCCGUCGGCAGAUUGUCUCAAAGUUCCACUUUGUGGACUUGGCUGGCUCCGAAAGAGUAACCAAAACAGGAAAUACUGGUGAACGGUUCAAAGAAUCCAUUCAGAUCAACAGUGGGCUGCUGGCUUUAGGCAACGUCAUCAGCGCUCUUGGGGACCCCCGCCGGAAGAGUUCACAUAUUCCAUAUAGGGAUGCGAAAAUCACCCGGCUCCUGAAAGAUUCCCUGGGAGGCAGUGCCAAGACUGUCAUGAUCACUUGUGUCAGCCCAUCCUCCUCAGACUUUGAUGAGUCCUUAAAUUCCCUCAAAUAUGCCAACAGAGCCCGCAACAUUAGAAACAAGCCCACCUUAAACUUCAGCCCCGAGUCAGACCGCAUGGACGAAAUGGAAUUUGAAAUCAAGUUGCUUCGAGAAGCUUUGCAAAGCCAACAGGCUAGCAUCAGCCAAACCAGCCAGAUCCAUCAAGAGGAGACUCCUGAUAAAAACAGGAUCCAUUCUCUUGAGGUGCAAGUAGCUCAGCUACAAGGAGAAUGUCUGAGUUACCAGAAUUGUGUAGAGGAAGCCUUUACCUUCCUGGUGGACUUAAAGGAUGCUGUCAGACUGAACCAGAAGCAGCAACACAAACUGCAGGAGUGGUUGAACAUGACUCAGGAGGUGAGGAAGGCGGUUUUCACCUCCUUCCGAGGGAGCCACAGCAUUGGCAACCUGGAAGAAGGGCCUCAGCAUGUUACGGUUCUCCAGCUGAAGCGAGAGCUGAAGAAAUGCCAGUGUGCGCUGGCUGCUGAUGAAGUUGUAUUUAAUCAGAGAGAACUGGAGGUGAGGGAGCUAAAGAAUCAAGUGCAAAUGAUGGUCCAGGAAAACAAAGGCCACGUGGUAUCUUUGAAAGAAGCACAGAAAGUGAAUAGAUUGCAGAAUGAAAAAAUAAUAGAACAACAACUUCUUGUGGAUCAACUGAGCGAGGAACUAUCAAAACUUAACCUGUCAAUGACCUCUUCAGCUACGGAACCUUGUGGAGAUGGGCCAGAUGCCAGGACAGCCACAAAGAGGCCGUGUACUGUACCAUUUGAUACUCGUCUGGGGCAUUAUAUUUAUAUCCCAGCCAGACCCGGUUCCAGGAAGGUCUACACAAGUCCUUCUGUGUACUCUCUGGAUCGAGUAGUUGCUGGAUUUCGAACACGAAGUCAGAUGCUGCUGGGUCACAUAGAAGAACAAGAUGAAGUCCUCCACUGCCAAUUUUCUGACAACAGUGAUGACGAAGAAUCUGAAGGCCAAGAGAAAUCUGAAAUUAGAUCUAGAAGUCGCUCAUGGAUUCAAAAGCCAGGCUCUGUUUGUUCUCUUGUUGAAUUGAAUGAUAUUCAGGAUCAAACACAAAAGUCAAGUUUGGGGAAUGAAGAUUUAAAGAUUGAAUGUCUCCAGGAGAGUCAAGAUAUAAAUUUGCAAAAAUUAAGGAAUUCAGAACUCAUACUUACUGAAGCUAAACAAAAGAUGAGAGAACUUACAAUUAACAUCAAGAUGAAGGAAGAUCUAAUUAAAGAAUUAAUAAAAACAGGUAACGAUGCCAAGUCUGUAAGCAAACAGUAUUCUCUGAAAGUAACAAAACUUGAGCACGAAGCAGAACGCGCGAAGGUGGAAUUAACUGAAACAGAGAAGCAGCUGCAAGAGCUAGAAAGCAAAGAUCUUUCUGAUGUUGCUUUGAAGGUAAAAUUACAGAAGGAGUUCCGUAAAAAGAUGGAUGCCGCAAAGCUAAGAGUCCAGGUCUUACAGAAGAAGCAACAAAAUAGUAAGAAAUUGGCAUCACUGUCAAUCCAAAAUGAGAAACGUGCUAAUGAACUAGAGCAGAAUGUAGAUCACAUGAAAUAUCAAAAAGUACAGCUGCAAAAAAGACUUCACGAAGAAAAUGAAAAAAGGAAGCAACUGGAUGCAGAGAUCAAGCGGGAUCAACAAAAAAUCAAAGAACUAAAGUUAAAAACAGAACAGGAAGAAGCUCUGAAAUUGAGAGCUGAGGACCUCGAUGCAUUUAAGAUGAAAAAGAGAAAAGGUUCAUUUGGAAGAACAGACCAGCUCCAGAAAUUGGAUGAGCAAAAGAAAUGGUUAGAUGAAGAAGUCGAGAAAGUCCUGAACCAACGCCAAGAAUUGGAGGAGCUGGAAGAAGACUUAAAGAAGCGAGAGGCCAUAGUUUGUAAGAAGGAGGCCCUGUUACAGGAGAAGAGCCACCUAGAAAAUAAGAAGUUGAGAUCAAGUCAGGUCUUAAACACAGAUAGUUUGAAAAUAUCAACUCGUCUGAACUUGUUGGACCAAGAGUUGUCUGAAAAGAAUGUAGAGCUUCAACGCAGCACAGCUGAGGAGCAAGUAAAGAUUUCAGAACGAGUUCAAGCCCUCCAGAAAGAAAAGGAUCAGCUACAGAGACGAAGGAACAGUGUGGAUGAGAAACUUAAAAAUGGUAGUGUGUUAUCACCUGAAGAAGAACAUGUUCUUUUCCAACUUGAAGAAGGGAUUGAAGCUUUGGAAGCUGCAAUUGAAUACAAGAAUGAAAGUAUCCAGAGUCGCCAGAACUCGCUCAGAGCUUCACUCCAAAACCUCUCUCAUAGUGAAGCAAAUGUCUUGGAAAAACUCAUUUGCCUGAGUCCUGUUGAGAUUAGAGCUAUUCUUUUCAGAUAUUUCAAUAAGGUGGUCAAUUUGCGAGAAACCGAACGGAAGCUACAGUUACAGAAUGAAGAAAUUAAAAUGAAGGUUCUGGAACAGGAUAAUAUGGUUCGUGAAUUGGAGUCUGCACUGGAGCAUCUGAAAUUGCAGUGCGACCGGAGACUGACCCUUCAGCAAAAGGAACAUGAGCAAAAAAUGCAGCUGCUGUUACAUCAUUUUCAAGAUCAUGAUGCUGGGGAUAGAGUUCUGACCCCUGAAGAAGCAGGCAUGGUUCCAGAAGAAUUAAAAUGGGCAUCCAGAACUGAAAGUAUGAAAUUAAGUGGAAGAGAAAGAGAAUUGGACAAUUCAACAAGCAGUUUAAGAACACAACCAAAUCCUCAGAAGCUCUGGGAAGAUGGCCCAGAAUUACCUUCGAUCUGUAGCUCUUUAGCACCCACUAGUGGGCAUUUGUUAAACAACGAGGAUAAAGUAGAAAUAGAUGAAAAUCAUUUUACAAAAUCUCACGGUCGACUAUCACCCCAAAUCCAGCCAGCGGGAAAUGUGGGAAAGCUUCAUGGUGUCACGUCUGUAAAGUUGUGUCGUAAAGAGUUACGUCAGAUUUCUGCUUUGGAACUAUCAUUACGACGUUCCAGUCUUGGAGUUGGGGUUGGAUCUAUGACUGCUGAUUCCAUUGAAGUAGCUAGGAAACCAAGUGACUUAAAAACUUAGACCUUUAAUAAUAGAACUUUUAAUUUGGUAGAGGUGUAAGAUUCCUUUGUCUAACCUGUUAGAAAUGAAAGUUUAUGCUCACUAGCUCUUCCUUCAGGAUGAAGAAGGGGAGGAAGGAAUCAUUUUGUAUACUGUAGAUGUGUAUAUCUUCUACGGUAUAUUUGGGGAGUUUUAAUUGUUUGCAGAUAUUUCCAUAAUAACCAAAUGAACAUGUAUUCUAAUACUGUCAAGUAAUAGAACAUUUAAAUAUUUCCACUUACAAAUUUGCUUAAAAUCCAGGCAUUUUAUAAAGAAGAAAACAAAGAGUGGAAUAGUAAUAUUGCUAUAUAAUGUAGAAGUAUGUUAUAAUACAUUAAUUACACCUUAUAAGUUUAUAAUACUGUUAUCAAAUAUAUUUGUUAUUUUGAAGAGGUCCAGUUAAAUAUUGCUUGUAUGAGAGGGGGAGUUACCUGCUGCAUAUCUUUUGGUACAGCUGAAAAUCUGUGCCAAAAUGCAGUCUGUGGGUUUAGGGCAACUAACUAGAUUUAUGGGUUGAAGUUAAUUUAUGGUCCUCAGAGUCCACAGAGCUUGAGUGAUCAGUCUUGACUUUUUAAACACGGUUCUCUGCUCUUUUUCUGGGAUUGCUUUUAGAAUGUCAUGUUGUUGGUUUGCUAAUAUUAUGGAAUAUAAGUUUUCAUCUCACCCCUACCCUGUCUAUUCAAUGUGUCUCUCCCUAGGCUACUGGACUAGGGGAAAAGGAUGCGGUUCCAUGCCACAGGGAAACAGAAUAAUGGUAACGCAUUCUAGCGUUUCAAGGAAGAGAGAUCUGGUCACAUGGAGUACGCCUGUAAAGCUUGAAGCCUGGCCAGAGGUUCUUUAGCUAACAAUCUGAUGGGCCUAAUCGGACAUUUUUCUCUAAAGCCUGCUUACUUGGGUCUUGCACACAGGCAGGCCAGACUGCAUUGGGGCUGUAAAUAUGUAAAUGAAAUUUUUCUUCAAGAUUUUUUCAGUCUAAAUCUUAUUAUAUAAUAUAAACUUCAGUUUGGAAUUAAGAACUGAAACACUGAUCUGCCCAACAAAUAGUUUGUACUUUUUCAUCAUACUUUUUAAUCAUAGAAAACAUCCCCUUAUAAGGACCAGAGGUAUUCUGUUACUUUUUGUUACUUGUGUUGUUAUUUUUGUCACUUUUCCAAAUUUUCACUUGUAAAAUAAAGUUGUUUCUUAAACUAACUACUGUUUGGGUGGGGCAGUAGUAAAGCUGCCCUGACUUAUGGAUGCUACUCAGUUCUUGCAGACUCCAGGUUUUCUUAGGUGAUGCUGCUACUAAUAUUUUUCUUUUGUUCUUGUCCUUUGUUGUUAUUGACCCUGCCCAUCUUACCUAAGACCCCAACUGCCACUCUGUGCUCAAAUAUUUCUGGUUUCCUUUUUCUGGUUUCUAGUGCCUAGGGAGUAGGGUUCCUUGGUUCCCAUUGCUAAAAACCAGUUCCUAGAGGGGAAGAAAACCAAACCAAAACAAACUUCUAAAUCAGUCAAUAGUUUCUGUAUCUCUUAAGCAUGGUACUGAAAUUUAUUUAAAUUGUGGGUUAAAUAGACUGCCAUGGACUUAGCUGGGAAUUGAACCACAGUGUAAAGCAUUGGCCCAAUGAGAAACUGCUUUAGACAAGGAAUUUACAAACUAAUUCAGAAAAUGUGUUUUUAGCAGAGACUAUUUCAGGUCAGAUUCUGGUUUUAAGCUAGUUUCUUCUUUUUGCCUCUAGUUUGUAUGAUACAUACUUAGUAUAUAUCAUAUGUAAUAUGCGUGUGUAUAUACUAUAUAUAGAUAAUGGCAAAGGCCAGUAUCUUAACAAAGCACAACAAUGAUAUAUUUAUUAAUGAAUACAUAUUUAUUAAUGAAGGUCCUAAUUAUAAAUUCCUUAUAAAAUUAAGUAAUAAUUUAGAAAGAGAAUAUAUUGUAACCCUGGAUUCUUAGUUUGCCUAAGAAAUUGACACAUACUUGUUUUACCUGUGGAAAUAGAAAUAAAUUUUCUAAAAGCCAAAGCACUACUCACAAAGCAAGAAAAUUUAUGUCAAAUCAACAGUGAUUAGAUUUGAUAAUGCAAAUGUGAACUGACUGCUAAAUAAGAAAGGUACAAUUUUUUUCUUCCUUUGGGUUAAACAUAUAUCCAUAGGCUAUGAUAGAUUUCAUGUACAUACAGAAACACACACAUAUAAAUAAUGUCCUGAAUAAUAAAUACAUUCUGGAAGUGAAUCUCUUAUCAUUCUAGUUUAGUGCCCUCACAAAGGAAAGAAAAAUUAAGGCACCUCCCUCAAGGCAAGUAAAAUUAUUUUUUUUACAUAUACUAGUAAUAAAUUUUCCUCUGUUUCAUGUGCUUUUCUUAGUCUAAUCAUUUUGUCACCGUGUUUGCCUUUUUGUAUGCACAUAAAAUAUGUCUGUGGGUUUUUUUUUUGUUCAUUAUGGGUUUUUUCCCCCACUUAUAACGGAGCAUUUGGAAGGAAACAUAUUUGCCUCUGUGAAGUACUGGUUCCUUCCCUAACUUCAGAGUGUUAAAGAUAACAGGGUUGGAGAAUUAUAUAAAUAUGGGAACUAUGGGUGGCAAGAAUAUCAGUGAAGGUGAUUUUGUGCUUUAAUGUUUGUUUUCUUCUGCUAAUGGGUUUUUUCAGGUCAAUGGUGUGAUAAGUGCUCAUUUAAGAAUAAGUGUCUUAUAUGAAAGAAGUUAAUAGAAGUCUUAUACGAAGUCUUAGAGUGAAUUGCUAGGGAGUCAGAUCCUUUUUGGGAGUUUGAUUCUAUAGUCAACAUAAAUUCUCAUGUACCAAAUGCAAGAAUGACAUGUUUUGCUCUUUCAGUUAUUUCCUUAGGCACAUAUCUGUGACUAUUUAAAACACUGGAGUAUCUUUCAGUAUCUGAAAGUUCAGUGUCCACUUGUCCACCAUUCUUCUCUCAACUUCGCUGGAAUAUUACGAAAUAUUAAUUAUGUAUAUUUUACAUUUAAAUUUAUAACAGGCCUCAGGUUGCCUACAUUCUUCUAUGUUUAUAUUUUCGACAAUUGGAAAUGAAGGUGGGAAUGAGAUCCUUCCACAGUAACCAUCUCAAAUGCAUUGGAUUUGUAAUAUUUUUGAGCUUGUAUGGACAGUAGUGUUUUCAAAGUAGUAGAAACAUCUGCCCAAGGGGGAGGAAUAUUUGGUCACUGUCAUUGUUUACCUUGAUGCUGACAAUAAAAAGCAAACUGACUUUU